AUGGCAACUGCUGAACGCAUGGAACUGCUUCGUUCCCGAAAAAGAAUGAGCCGAAAUGAUGAGACACUUGUUACGGAUGCAAUGGUCUUUCUUCUUGCUUGUGAAGGAUAUAAAUUGACAAUCAAAAAGACCAAGAAAACAACAAAGACUGCAAAAAUGCUACUUCCAGAAAGUAUCACAAGACAAGCACAAAUCACACCAUCAGACAUCCAAACACUGUCAGACACACUCCUCACAUCAAUUGGAUACACACCACUCAACAAGAAUGUUGUCGACACAAUGACACAAAAACAAGCAAAAAGAACAAGAGAAGCACAACUCAACAAUGGCAUGCUUGCUCUUCUUGUCAACGAGGGUUAUUCCUUUGUCGAGAAAAAGGUCAAAAGAGCACAUCUCACUGAAAGACUCAUCAGAAUACAAUCUAUCUCAAAGCAAAAUACAACCUACGACAAACAAGCACUCAUCAAACUCGGCGAAGAAAUCAUCACUAUCGUCGACAAAUCAAAUGAACACCUCACUACUAUCACUGCCGAAUCACUCAUCACUUUCAACAACUCUCCACUCAUCACACCGUCAAACACUCUCUGCAACUCACUUGCACCAGAGACUACAUCAGUCACACCUGAAACAUCUUCUCCUGACCAAACAAAGCAAGAAGAACAAUACUUAUACUACUCACAAAAUCAACUACCGUGUUACCAAUACACACAAUACCAACAAUACCAACAAUACUACUACAUCGACCCUCUAUCCGGUCAAUACACUUUCUUCUGCUUGUAA